CCACCUGCCUUAUUAAAGUUUCCCUGCAAGUUAGUAACACUUGUUUCUCCCCGAACUUGAUAAAAAAUACAUCCUUUCAGAAGACAGUCUUACCCUGAAGGCUCCAAAGAGUACCAGCUCCGGCCUUGCCUUGAGGAUGCCGUCAGACAACAGCCACCUGCCAGACAGUAUCCAAGAACAAGACCCUGUUACUACUUCAAGCAAUAAUUGCCUCCAUAAUGCUGAGGAAUUGGGAGUCGAACAAGAAAAUGACAUCUGUAACAGUGACCUGGGUAAUAGUAUUAGAGUUCCCAACUCUGCCAGCCAGUCAUCCACUUCCAUGGCUGUUCCUUUGGAGGUGCCCAGAAGAGGACAACCCCUUUUACAGAUCAACAGGCAGCAGAUUCAGUCCAUCUCGUAUAGUGCACAGGCCGCUGAGCUCAAAGGUUUAGGAGUUGAUGUCUAUGACCAGGAUGUAUUGGAGCAAGGGGUUCUUCAGCAAGUAGAUAAUGCAAUUAAUAAAACUAAUAAAGCAACAAAAAUAGCUGAUGCGGAGAAAGAAUAUCAGUCAGUGCUGGAUGACUUAAGAUCAUGUACAACAUCUCUGAAACAUAUAAAUAAAAUUAUUGAGCAACUUUCACCUCAAGCUGCCAACAACAAAGAUAUGAACAGAAAACUAGAUUCUGUAAAACGGCAAAAAUAUAACAAGGAGCAACAGCUAAAGAAGAUCAAAGCAAAACAAAAGCGUCUCCAAGCAAUUCUUGGUGGAACAGAGAUUCUUGAUAAAGUAAAUGAGAUUGAAUUUGAGGAAGAUGAAGAACCUGGUCCAUCAUGUCUUGGCAGUAUGCUUAUGCCUGUUCAGGAAACAGAGUGGGAAGAGCUUAUUCGUACUGGCCAGAUGACUCCAUUUGGAACUAAAAUAUCUCAGAAGCCAGAGAGGAAGACACGACGAUUAAUGCUAAAUGAAGAAUCUGAUUUUGAGAAGUACUUAGCAGACCAAGCUAAGCUGUCAUCUGAAAGAAAGAAGUUAUCCCUUCACAAAGGAGCAAAGAAGAAAGUACAAGCCAAAAAUGUUCAGUGCGUAGCUUCUGCAUCUACUACAAAGGAAAAAAGAGGUAAAGCCCUGUCAAAAACAGAUAAGCGCUUAAAAAAAAACAUAAGAAAACUUCAGAAGCAUGCCCUUCAGAUUCAAUCAAAGGUGGAUAUCCCAAAAGAAAAGAAAUAUCUUGAGGCCAAGAAGUUCAGGUAUGAACAGGAGGAUGAUAGUGGAGAGUCUGAGUAUGUACCUGAUGAGGAGCUCUUUGAUCCAGAAGGAGCAGAAGAGGAGGAAGAGCAGGCAUCUUCUCAUGCUGAGAAUGAUUCUGAUUAUGAACUCAGGAAUUUGUCAAGAAAAAGAAAACAUUUGGCGAAAAGAGAUUUUAAAGAAGCUGAAGAUGAUGCUGACUUCUUUCCAAGCUCUGAGGAAGAAGACCAUACACUGGGGAAGCACAAAGUAAAGAGAUGGAGAGAUGAUGGAGAUGAAGACUAUUACAAACAGAGACUAAGGAGGUGGCAAAAAGAACGUUUGAAGGAUAAAGAACAUCAAACAGCUGAGGAACUUUCUGAAGAAAGUGACACUGAAUUUGAAGAGGGUUUCAAAGUACCAGGAUUUCUCUUCAAAAAGCUUUUUAAGUACCAGCAGACAGGUGUUAGGUGGCUCUGGGAAUUGCACUGCCAGCAGGCAGGAGGAAUUCUGGGAGAUGAGAUGGGAUUGGGCAAGACCGUCCAGAUAAUUGCCUUCUUGGCAGGUCUGAGCUACAGCAAGAUCAGGACUCGUGGUUCAAAUUACAGGUACCAGGGAUUGGGUCCAACAGUGAUUGUUUGUCCAGCUACUGUGAUGCAUCAGUGGGUAAAAGAAUUCCACACUUGGUGGCCUCCAUUUAGAGUCGCUGUUCUCCAUGAAACUGGUUCCUAUACCGACAAAAAGGUGAAACUAAUUCAUGAAAUUGCUUCAUGCCAUGGAAUUUUAAUUACAUCUUAUUCAUACAUUCGAAUGAUGCAGGAUAACAUCCACAGCUAUGAUUGGCAUUAUGUGAUUCUGGAUGAGGGUCACAAAAUCCGAAAUCCAAAUGCCGCCGUCACGCUUGCGUGCAAGCAGUUCCGCACACCCCAUCGAAUCAUCUUGUCUGGCUCCCCUAUGCAAAAUAACCUAAAGGAGCUCUGGUCCCUCUUUGACUUUGUAUUCCCAGGGAAAUUGGGAACACUACCUGUGUUCAUGGAGCAAUUUUCUGUGCCAAUAACCAUGGGAGGAUAUUCCAAUGCCUCUCCUGUCCAGGUAAAAACGGCAUACAAAUGUGCCUGUGUGUUACGGGACACCAUAAACCCCUACUUGCUGCGAAGAAUGAAGGCUGAUGUAAAAAUGAGCCUUUCACUUCCAGAUAAAAACGAACAGGUCCUCUUUUGCCGUUUGACAGAUGAGCAGUGUCAAGUCUAUCAAAAUUUCAUCAACUCUAAAGAAGUUUACCAGAUCCUCAAUGGAGACAUGCAGAUUUUCUCAGGACUAGUAGCUUUGAGAAAGAUUUGCAACCACCCUGACCUCUUCUCUGGUGGUCCCAGGAAUUUGAAGGGUGUACCAAAUGCUGAAGUGGAGGAAGCAGAUCAGUUUGGAUAUUGGAAACGUUCUGGAAAAAUGAUAGUGGUAGAAUCCUUGCUGAAAAUAUGGCACAAGCAAGGUCACAGAGUGUUGUUUUUUACUCAGUCAAGACAGAUGCUGCACAUACUUGAAGACUUUGUGAGACACAGAAACUAUUCCUACCUCAGGAUGGAUGGCACCACAACAAUAGCUUCCAGACAGCCCCUUAUAACAAGAUAUAAUGAGGACAAAUCCAUAUUUAUUUUUCUUCUAACAACUCGUGUUGGUGGCAUUGGAGUUAACUUGACUGGUGCUGACAGGGUUAUUAUUUAUGAUCCUGACUGGAAUCCCAGUACAGACACACAGGCUCGGGAACGUGCUUGGAGAAUAGGCCAAAAGAAACAGGUGACUGUAUAUAGGCUUCUCACUGCGGGUACUAUUGAAGAGAAGAUAUACCACAGACAAAUCUUCAAACAGUUUUUAACGAACAGAGUGCUGAAAGACCCUAAGCAGAGGCGCUUUUUCAAAUCCAAUGACCUUUAUGAACUUUUUACUCUGAGCAGCCCAGAUGUGUCUCAGGGGACAGAAACAAGUGCAAUUUUUGCAGGUACUGGUUCAGAUGUUCAAGUCCCAAAACACCAAUUGAAACGGAAACUUGAAAAGCCACCUGAUAAUGACACUUCUAAAGGUGAUCUCCAUCUUACAGAAAGCAGCUCACCAAAGUACAGCAAGUCAUCCAAUUCCUACUCAACCACCCACAUGACAAAUUCUUCUUCUAAAGCAAUAGAGACAAGUGAGGAAACCAAAGGAAAUUUGGAAGCCUUUGACCAAAAUAGCUAUGCAAAAGAAAAUGCACAAGCUGCUACUGAUAUAAAUUCACUGAAUAAAAGCAAGGAGGAAAGCUUGGAAAGAGCUGACAAAUCUAUGUCCCAGUCAUUGCUAGGUGAUGCGGGGUCUUCAGAGAAUGCCAAAUGUCUGAACACCGUGGUGGCUGAUGAAGUACAUGGAGCAGCUAAUGCAAAUGUCAAGGGAGAUUUUAGCCUUAUAUGUGGUGCAGCUGGCUUUUGGGAAAAGCAGGUUGCUAAAACUGAAGAUGGGCAAUUAGAUAAUAGUCAUUAUAAACGUACCUCAAAAACAAAGCACAGGGUGGAUAUUCUGUCACAUGAGAGCCACAAAGAUAAAUCUAAAAAGAAACAUCACAAAGAUGCCAAAUUUGAAGGAGAGCGCGUUCCUCAUCUUGUGAAACAAAAGCGAUACAGAAGGGAGAACAGUGAAGAGAAGGAGGAAGACUCAAAGAAAAAUGAUGAUUACGUCUUGGAGAAACUUUUCAAAAAAUCAGGGGUACACAGUGUUAUGAAGCAUGAUGCUAUUAUGGAAGCUUCCAGUGCAGAUCACGUGCUGGUGGAAGCAGAAGCAAACAGAGUGGCUCAGGAUGCCUUAAGAGCCUUAAAAGUCUCUCGACAGCGAUGUUUAGGAGCUGCUUCUGGUGUGCCAACCUGGACAGGCAUGAGUGGUCUUUCAGGUGCACCAUCAGGAAUAAAAAGUCGAUUUGGUCAAAAAAGAAACCCCAUGCUGCUUUCUUCACAUUCCACUUGUGUAUCACCUGCAAAGAAGUGCAAGGAUGCAGAUACAAUACAGAAAGAAAAUGUAAAGAAGUGUAGUUCCAAUGGGCACUUUGAUGGAAAAUCUGGAGAAUCAUCAUCCGGUGCGCUAGACUCUUCCUCUUUAUUAGCUAAGAUGAGGGCAAGAAACCACCUUAUUUUACCACAACAGACAGGGAAUGAGGGAGAUGAGAAUCAUCAGCAAGCACCCACCCCAGCCCCAGGUUCAACAGAAUACGAUGAACUGCUCGUGGAUAUGCGUAACUUCAUAGCGUUCCAGGCCCGCGUGAACGGCGAGGCUAGCACUCAGGAGCUACUGCAGGAAUUUGAGUCCAAACUGCCUGUGGCACAGUCCUGCGUCUUUAGAGAACUUCUCCGCAAUCUCUGCACCUUCCAUAGGAGCCCGAAUGGUGAAGGUGUCUGGAGGCUGAAGCCAGAAUUCCGCUGACCUUUGUCAAGGGAAGGCACCUGUCUGUGUGCUUGGCCACCACCCUUCUUUCAAGGACUUACUGUUUCUCUUUUAAAAUGAGGAAUUAUUUUGUAUUUAUGAUUUAAUAAUUGACUUGAGCAGUCAGCAGUUGCCUGACUGCAACCAUAAGCAGUGCUUGUUGCAGGCUCAGAGCUAACUUAAUUUCUGAUUUACACUAUUUAUAUGAAAGUGCCAUCUACCUCAUAGAUGAAACAAUACAAAAUAUCAGCACCUUUUCUUUAAAAGAAAUCUUAACAUAGAUGGGAUGAAUAAUACAUACUGACUUUUUAUUGCAAUAAGAACCAUGGAUGUUGCUGUGGGUUGUAAGACUUUUAUUUGAUUUCUGUGAAAUUCCAAGAACUUCCUCAAUUUUCUGUAUGUUACUUGAAUUGUCAUGGGGCACGCAGUGUACCAUCAAAAAAAAAAAAGAGGAGGAGGAGAUGAUAGUGGUCAGCAUGAGAGAUUCACUUGUACCGACACGUGCAUCAAAAUCAUUGUAUGAUACUUUCAUCAGUAGUGAGAAUUUUGUUUUAAUAUCGGUGCUUUCAUUGUUGCCAGCAUCUAGCAUAUGCAGUGUAACUUACAUCACUGAUUAACUUGGGAAAUAAUUCUGCUGCCAUGGUGGUUUAAUCACAAAAAAAUGGAAAGCCUGGCAGAAUGUUGAGAUGACGGACAGUUGAUAAUUAUGGAAAACGUGUUCUAUCACGGAAGACCCAUUUACACCAUAAUGGUCAAUUCGGCUACAGUCCCAUACACCACUGGCAAUUGCUUGGUAUGCUAUUUCUUACCACUGAGGUGACAGUAAGUGUUAUGUUUGUCACAGGUUGUGGACUGAUAAUUGAAAUGCCAUGAAAUGUUCAUGGGUCUCACUGUAAUUUAUGUCAAAAACUUCCCAGUUCCCUGUUAGCACUUAGAAUUUUAUGCCUUGACAAACACUGAGGUGUUAGUUGGCAGAGGGGGAAUGGUUUCACUGUAUUUUACUAAACAUAAUCACUUUUGGCCAGAGACAUAAUUGGAGCUUAUACAGAAGUUACAGGUCAUACCUAUUCUGUAGAUAGAGAAAAUCUCAGUCUUCCUGACAGUCAGACAAGUUCUAAUACCCAUUUUCUUCCAAGGAAGGAAGGAAGGAUUGGAUUAUUUGUAGCAAACCCACGUACUACAUUGGGUCUGUCUUCAAGGUACUACUGUGCUACAUAAGGAAAUCUUAAGGGGGGAAAAAUGGAUAGAUUUUGAGAAGAAAACCAUAUUCUUGCAGCAACGUUAAAUUACUGUAUGGCUUAAACUAGGAGCAGUUAAAUAUGCCUAAUGUCCUUCCUAUCCCUAAGCUAUUGAGAAAAGGGAAAGCUGAGCUACUUCUAGAUUUUUUUUGUUCCGUGUGACGGUAUCUUGUUUACUUCAAGUGGAAGUACAAAUAUUGAAAGAUGAAUGGUGAAGCAAGAACACAAACUGUUACUUUGUUCUCGUAAAGAAAGCCUUCAAGAUACUUCAGUGGCUUUUCCUCUUGUUUUUGCUCGGUGCUAAAGGAUCUGUAGAGAUUUGUAAAAAGUGGUGCCCCGCUGUUUCAGUAACUGGUCAGUUGGCUUUUCACAGGCUGGAGUUGGAGAGGGCAGACAGUCCAAGAAUCUGUCUCUUUUCUUCAUGGCAUUUGAAGGUGGGACUGUUGCACCUUUUCCUGACGUCUCUUUUUCUGAUCCCAUUUAUAUUCACUUACAUUCCCUCUUUCAGGAGAAGGAUGAAACCAGGAAUCUACACUGCAAUUACAAAACACUUCAAAAAUUGCAGAUCUGUUGGUAUGACUUAAAAUGGAUCAGUAAAAGAGUAAAGACAAACCAAUUUUGCUGUUCUCUCCAAAGCUAUAGGGAAUUUUAAUUGGGUCUGGGUGUCAUGCCCCCACGUAUCCCUAUGCCCCAGGAACAAACCAGGAAUUCAGCUGUCAGCAAAGCUGCUGUUGCCACCUUAGCUGUCAGUUCUGGUGUCCUGUUUUGUUUACUGCUUCCAAUCUUAAAGACAUAGUUCCUGUAGUAAGGAAAGUUUGCAGCUUCUUGCUGAUCUGUUAAUAUGAAUGGACUUGCAUGUGCUUUUUAUAAAUCCUUGGCUUUUAUGGA